AUGCUCUCCUCCUCCACCACCGCUCACUCGGCCGCCUCGCCCCUCCCCGGCCCCGCCUCCGCAAACCCUAAGCCCCGCUUGCGCCUGCUCCGCCUCCGCGCCGCAUCGCCCGUGCCGUCCGCGGCCUUGAGCGCGCGCGGUCGCCCGCCGAUGUGUACGGUCAGGGCCUCGUCCGCCGCUGGGGCGGGCGGCUGGGGAGCGGAGGCAGUGGGAGAGUUGGCGACGGAGCGGCUGGUGGAGGUGGCGCAGCGCGCGGCGGACGCGGCCGGGGAGGUGCUCAGGAAGUACUUCCGCCAGCGGGUUGAGAUCAUCGACAAGGAGGACCACAGUGCGUGCUAUGCUUCUCUCUAUUUCCGCACCACACUUGUAAUUUCAUUUUGCUUCCGGCUUGGUUUUGGUGAGGAGAAUGGUUGGAGAUGUGCGGAGAGUUCUGCAGAUUAUGUUUGGGUUUUGGACCCAAUAGAUGGAACGAAAAGUUUCAUAACUGGCAAGGCUCUUUUUGGUACACUUAUAGCACUUCUGCACAAUGGGAAGCCGGUUAUUGGUGUCAUUGACCAGCCAAUCCUGAGAGAAAGAUGGAUUGGGGUGGAUGGGAAACAAACAACUUUGAACGGACAAGAAAUAUCUGUUCGCUCUUGUAAUUUACUUGCACAAGCUUACUUAUAUACAACAAGCCCACAUCUCUUUGAAGGAGAUGCUGAGGACGCAUUUAUUCGUGUAAGGAAUAAGGUGAAAGUCCCACUUUAUGGUUGUGAUUGUUAUGCUUAUGCUCUUCUGGCCUCUGGUUUUGUGGACAUUGUUGUUGAAUCUGGUUUGAAGCCAUACGAUUUCCUCUCCCUGGUACCUGUCAUUGAAGGAGCUGGAAGGUCAAUAACUGAUUGGAGAGGGGACAAGCUCCUUUGGCCUGUUACUGCAGAAUCUCGGCCCACAAGUUUCAACGUGGUAGCAGCUGGGGAUGCCCGUGUCCACAAACAGGCCCUUGAUGCACUGCAGUGGCGCUAG